AUGCAAGAAAAAACGAAUAGGAGGUUUGUUUUUGAAAGAUUUCAGUUUCAUUGAUUUUUUUGUUUUCAGACUAGUUUUGGCUGGACAAAUCGGCAAUCUUUUCUUGGUUUGCUGUUUGUAUAUUCAUGCGACAAUUAGAAUAAAUGUGAGUUUGUGGUCAAAUUGAUUAAAAAAAUCAUUUUCAGACCCUAAAAGAAAAUCAAUUUCAGUGUAUUCAAUGUGAUUUGGAGGAAAAAUCGACUACAAAUGAAAGAACAAAAAGAGAAACUGGUUCACAAUUACCAAUUGAUCUUGAAGAUUAUACAAUUAUAAUUGGACAGAAUACAAUAAUUCCACGUCAAGUUCUCGAUCGAUCUUGCUCCCAAGUCCACGAAUUUUGUUCCGAAAAAUCUCAAAGACUCACCGGAUUCCCUGGUGCUCCAGGUGUACCUGGAUUAACUGGACCAAUAGGGCCACCAGGUCGACGUGGACCUGUCGGAGUUGUUGGGCCGCAGGGAUUGAUUGGUGAUCAUGGUGAAAUUGGGGAAACUGGAAGAGCCGGAAAAUGCGAUUGUUCAUUCCCGGAUAUGUAUAUCCAAAAGGUUACUGUACCCGGACCACCGGUUAUUAAGGUAAAUACCUAUUUUAUCUUAUUUUCUCAUUAUAUCUAUCAUUAAUUGAUUUUAUUCAGAUCGAGGAAAAAAUGAUACCAAUUCCAGUUGUAGUUGUGAAAGAGGUCGAAGUCACAAAAUUAGUUCCAUUCGAACCGCAACCACCUGGUUUUGGACCAGUUGAUAAUUGGGAACCGGGAAUGCCGAAACCGGGAAAAACCAGAAAACUACCGCGAUAUUCGACAGUUCGACCAAGACCAACGAAAACUCGACCGACAUUACCACCACUUCAUGUGAUUCCCACAGAAACACCGGAAUUCAAUUUGACUUUUGGCGGAAAUUGGACUCUGGAUGCGAAUUUCACCACACCGGAACCUUAUACAGGUCCACCGACCCUUGGCUAUAAUCGAAAGGAAUGUAUUUUGGGCGCGGUUGGAAUUCCAGUCCUUCACGCUGAAAGUCAAUAUGGAGAUGUUGGUUCGUGGAUGAGAGACGCGCAUCCACCAACAACAAAAGGAGCUGAGAGAAGAUGGGUUACUGAUGGAUAUGUUUCGCCGGUUUUAUAUGAAUAUGAAAGUGAGAAAAUGUUAUCCGACAAAGUUCAAAAAAUCAAGUGAGAGAGAUUUGCAUCAUUUUCCCGCCUAAUUCGUUAGUUUUCAGAUAUUAUGUGGAACAUUUUGCAUCCGGAACUGGAAAUAUAAUCUAUGAUGGUUCAUAUUAUUAUCAUAAACAUGGCUCAAAAGAAAUCGCAAGAUAUCGAUUGGAUUCGGGAAAUGAGACAUAUAUGCUUUUAGAUGAAGAGAUGGCAUUUUCAGAUUGUCAUCGUCUUCCAAAUCAUACUUUUCAAGAAUGUAACGAGACUGACAGAGAUGUUUGGUUAUAUAACAGACCACAUAAUUUUGUUGAUUUUGCGAUUGAUGAAAAUGGCAUUUGGGUUAUUUAUUCAGAUGCAAAAAGUGAAACAAUCAAAGUAGCCAAACUCGAGCCUGAUCUUUAUGUUGUUAAUCGAUGGGAGCUUAGUAUAAACACUACAAAUAUUGCUGACGCAUUUAUUAUGUGUGGUGUUUUUUAUGGGGUUAAUAGUUCAACUGAUACGCAAACUGAUAUAAGUAAUGCAUAUGAUUUAUACAGGUAGAAUAUCAUAAAACAUAAUUUUUCAUGAUUAGAUCCAACGUAAAACUGAGAGCUUGUUAACAGACAGAAAAUUAGUUUUUAGAACAAAAAACUAAACUCGAUUUUACGUUGGAUCUAAUCAUGAAAAAUUAUGUUUUUUAUUACAAAAUAUCCAUCUGCAUAAGGAAAAACAAGUGUGUUUUUUUUGCAGAAAUGAUUUCAUCCCUGGUCAAGUUCCUUGGUAUAAUCCAUAUGGCGGAUUGACAAUGCUCAAUUAUAAUCCACUCGAUCAUCGUAUUUAUUUCUUCGAUAGGAAAAAAUUGCUAUCCGUCAAUGUUCGAAUCAUUGAAGAUCUCCCCGAAUAUGAAGAUCCAUAA